AUGGUUGCUUAUUUUUCUCAAUAUUCUCUAGCUGUCGCCUUUUUGAAAACCGACCUGGUUUUGGUACUUUGUUUACAUUUUGUCUUGUUCGCCUUCACCUCGCACUCUGACGUCCUUCCUAUUUCCUCCGCUUAUCUCCUCCCGCCCAUCCCUUCGCUCCUGACCUGUCUUUUUCGUUUUCCAAUCGUCAAAGGACGCCUACACACUCGCUCGUUCGCCAUUACGCAUGAUAAUGCGCUCCUUCGUUCUCCGCUUUAA